GUAUGCCACUGGAGGACUUUUAUUUUGACUAUGCAUGUAUGAUUGUUGUCAGCUUCACAAAGAAAUGCGGAAGUGUCCGUGCUGCUGAUUAGAAUGUUCAGUAGAGUACUGACACGUACGUAAGGUAACAUAAUCGUGCAUUUGAAUGAUUGUCAUUCUCAGACCGGCUUGGUCAGGUCAAAAGAAAGAUGGGUCGGCGAAGGAAGAGGGUAACAGGUGAUGGGGUACCUAACCCAAGAAAGGAGGAAAAAGCACCUGCUCCACCACGCAAGGAGAAGAAAAAGAAAACUGACAUUGGGAAGGUGUUUAUCAAUAUAUCCAUCGGUUUGUGUAUCUUCAGCCUCAUCUGGUUCUUCUAUGCCCUUUAUAUGCGAUCAUCUUUGGCCAGGAGGGUUGUGACUUUGCACCCUUCUCCACGGGUCUUGGAUGCUAAUAGCUCAAGUCCUGCUGUGUCUCCUGAAAGAUAUUGGGGUUCCUAUCGGCCCCAGGUGUACUUCGGGAUGAAAACAAGAAGUCCUAGAUCUGUUGUGACAGGCUUAAUGUGGAUGCGUCAGUUCACUGAUAUGGAGGGAAAUCUAAGGCACACUUGUGAGCAAGGCGACCAUUUGCAGGGCUACGGAUGGUUAAUGCAUGACGGAGUCUCUUUUGGAGUCCAGGAGAUUCAUGACCGUGAUUUCACACUGACCACAGAGUUUGUGAAGCGUAUGGGUGGAGAUCAUGGUGGAGACUGGACUUGGAGGAUUACUGCAAAACAACAUAGCAUUGCUUCCUCAGCUCCUGUGAUUUCGCUGAUGUUCUACGCUGCCACGGAUAUUCAAGGUUCAUUGCAGGCUCAUGUUGAGGAGAAAAAUCGCUUGAGCUCUGUGACAGGAACAUCUGAGGAGCUUGGCAACUUCAAGAUCACUUUUGGCAAACCCACUGCGGGGGAAGGUGCUGGUAGCAAAUAUGCCAGAUAUAAUUACCUGCAAACUAAGAGCUCUGGCCUUGAUAAGCUGACAGACAUAGUGAAGAACAGCCUAAAUCACAAAUUUGUCUUCAGUCCACCCAAAGGUGAAAAAAGAUCUUAUUUUGCCGUGGAUUCUUAUAAAGUCACUAACCACCAGAAUCAACAGAAAGAUCCCAAGAUGGAGAGUGAUUUUGUGGUGCAUCAGGUGACUGUUCAAACCCCUUUCCAGAUUGAAGUUUUGUUUGAGUCCGGAAGCUUCCGGGAACGACCGAAUCAACUUGUGGGCUCGGUGCUUACAGACGAGCUGGAGAAACGUAAGAUGGCGUUUGAUGAGAAGUUUGAGAGUACAUUUGGCCUCCAAGCAAAAGGAUUCACAUCUUCACAGAUCGAAUUUGCCAAGGCAGCUUUAAGCAACAUGCUUGGUGGCAUGGGAUAUUUCUUUGGACAGUCUGUUGUACAGUCAGUUUAUAAUGAGCACCCUGUGCUUUACCCUGAGGGGCCGCUGUUUACGGCAGUACCAUCGCGAUCUUUCUUUCCAAGGGGCUUUCUUUGGGAUGAAGGAUUUCAUCAACUUCUCCUCAACAAAUGGGACAGUCAGUUAACACAGGAGGUCAUUGCGCACUGGCUCGAUCUUAUCAACGUAGAGGGCUGGAUCCCACGUGAACAAAUCUUGGAUGAUGAAGCACGCAGCAAAGUACCGUCCGAGUUUAUAGUGCAGCACAAUGAAAACGCAAACCCUCCCACGCUCUUCCUGGCCCUACAGGAGCUGCUGGAGAAGCGGGAUGCUCAACCAGAGUCAUUGUCCUCUCAGACCAUGCUUCCUUUCUUGAGAAGGUUGUACCCGAGACUGCAGAUUUGGUUUGAGUGGUUUAACGCCACACAAGCCGGACCCAUCGCCAACUCCUACCGCUGGCGAGGCAGAGACAAAGACACCAACCUUUUCCUAAAUCCCAAGACCCUGACUUCUGGCCUGGAUGACUACCCACGGGCUUCCCACCCAUCUGCUGAUGAGAGGCAUGUAGACUUGUAUUGCUGGAUGACCCUCGCCUCUGGCAUCAUGGCGAAUGUGGCACGUAUACUUGGGGAACCCCAUCAGGUGUACGAGAACACCCAUCGUACUCUCAGAAAUAACGAUCUGUUAAAUGAACUGCACUGGUCCGAGAAUCUGCACACCUUCAGUGAUUACGGCAAUCACACCCAGGCGGUCUCGCUUCAGCAGGAGAAAGUGUUUGUGCCUCCUGGACAACCACGGCACCAGUUCCCAGUCUCACGGUUGGUUCGCUCUGUUCGCAGAGCCCCUAAGCUGCAGUACGUGAAUGCAUUAGGCUAUGUUAGCCUUUUUCCAUUCUUGCUUCAUAUUUUGACACCAGACUCGCCAAAACUGGAGCAUGUUUUGCGAGACAUUCAAGACCCUGAACGCCUUUGGACACCCUAUGGCCUGCGCUCACUCUCACGUGCAGAUCCCCUCUACAUGAAGAGGAACACGGAACACGAUGCCCCCUACUGGCGAGGACCGAUCUGGAUCAACAUCAACUACCUGGCUGUUAGAGCACUGCAUCACUAUGGCAGCAUAGAAGGGCCAUACAAAGAGAAGGCAGCUACCCUCUACCAAGAGCUCAGGACUAACCUCAUUAAUAAUGUUUACAAGCAGUAUCUGGAAACAGGAUACAUCUGGGAACAGUACAGUGAUAGCACUGGACGAGGGCAGGGUAGCCACCCGUUUACUGGCUGGUCGGCUCUGACUGUACUGAUAAUGGCUGAAGAGUAUUGAAAAUCAGUAGCAGGCCAGAAUCAGAAUAAAUCAUGAUGCUCAAUUGGUGCCAUAUGUUUGUUACUACAAAGUGUAUUUCAUUUUUACGUAAUUUAGAUAAUUGGUGGAUUUUUUUAUUUUUAUUUGCUCAUUUAAUUUAAUAAUCAAGAGCCCUGUUUAAAUAUUUAAAUUUUAUGUCUGGUUUAAUGUGAUUAUAUCCUCAGGUUUGAAGAGCCGUGAGCUUUUUCUAGAUCAGACAAAACAAUAUCAUAUGUUUGAACCAGGAGAAGACAGUGCUCUUUUUUUUUUUUUUUGGUGGUCCAUUGCUGUUUGGCUUCAUUUAACAGAAUAAAUGGAAAUCUUCUUAUAAAAUCUAUCUUCAGUUGAAUUGAAUCUUGUACUUAAAUAUUAAAAUCAUAUCUCUUUAUGGAUGUUUUUUUAAAGCAUUGUGUGAUUUUUACUCGAAAUUAUAGCCAGGAUUUUCUUCUUUUUACUGUAUGUAAUUCAUGUGUUUGAAUAUAAAUUGAACUGGCCAUGCCUCAUGGGAAGUUGAAUUGCAAUAACAGAGGAAUAUACUGAAUUGCAAUCUAUAUAUAUAUAUAUAUAUAUAUAUAUACACAUAUUAUUUUUUAUUUUUUCUGUUCAAGGCUUUUUCUUCUUUUUCUUCAAAAUUUGCAAACAAGGCUCUGUCAAGCAAACAUUCAAAGUGUGUCUUGACAAUUACAGUUAAUUAAACUAAAUUAAAUUCA